AUGUUUAAAACAUAUUCAGUAGUUUGUGUUGCAACAAAUACUUUAUCAAUUAUUGUUGCUGUUGCUCUUUUAAUCGCUGGAUCUAUUUGUAUUCAUGAUACAAGUUUUCUUCGAAGUUCAUGGACAGAAAUAUAUUCAUUAUCAAUUUAUAGUGUUAUUAUUAGUAUAUUGUCUAUUAUAUUUGCACUUUGUCUUAUAUAUGUUGUUAUUCGAAAACUUCCAGCAUUAACAGUAUUAUUCUCUGUUUUAAUUCUUAUUGUAUUCGUUCUUGCUAUCAUAAAUCUUAUUGUUCUUGCAGUAAGUUUUGGCGAUCUUCAAGCUGAUUCUGAUAAAACUACUGAAACACUUUUUCAUAAUUAUUCAAAUUCAGAUUUAAUUAUAAGUUCGAAAAAAUUAUUUGGAGAAAUUCAACAAACAUUUCAAUGUUGUGGUGUUAGAGUAGCAGACGAUUGGAAAAACCAAUUACCUGAUGGAAAAAGUACUCCUGAUUCAUGUUGUCGUAUAGUAAUUCCAGGUUGUGGUACCAAUUCUCUCACUAGACAAGAUACAAUCUAUUUACAUGGUUGUGCUGAACCAAUUUAUUUUUAUCUUCGCCAAAGAUUUAUUGCACUUCUUACUAUUGAUACUAUUCUUGUAAUAUUGCUGUUAGCUAGUGCUAUACUUGGAUUUAUAUCUGAACAACAUAUUCGAGAACAAUAUCAAAUGAUGUGA